UGGAACCUUCGGUUUCAGUUUUGUAAUUAGGUUAUCUCAUAAAGCUAACCCUCGUCCUUCACUGUGACGACAAUCUGAAGAUUUUGGUUACCAAGGUGAUUUCUUUCUCUCUUUCUCGGUCCAAAACAAGCAAGCUUCUUCGAUCUUCUUCGUGUGGUUUAUAUUCUUUCAAUGGUUAACGCAAUCAAAGGAGUGUUCGUCUCCUGCGAUAUCCCAAUGACACAGUUUAUAGUGAACAUGAACAAUUCGAUGCCUCCGUCUCAGAGAUUCAUAAUUCAUUUACUUGAUAGCACUCACUUGUUUGUGCAGCCACAUGUUGAGCAGAUGAUUCGCAGUGCCAUUUCUGAUUUCAGAGAUCAAAACUCUUACGAGAAGCCCACUUCUUAGAUCACUUUACACUUGCUUCUCUUUCUCUCUUCCAUAUGAUUCAAAUGAAUAACAAAAACUUCAUCGAGAUCGAGAGAUUGAUUACUCAUGCUCAGUGCACUUUUUUUUCGACAAAUAAUCUUAUCUGUACUGGUUUGGUAUCAGUCGACUUGCUCUGCUUGUGUUGUUGACUACUUCUUUGUCGAAUGCUUUGUUACUGACAUUGUGAGAUUUGAGAUUGUUUGAAACCAAAUCGGUUUGUAUUGGUUAUUUUUCCGGUUUUUUCGUUUGGUUGAGAAUUGGACUCCAUAGUGUCAAAAA